AACUCGGAGAUUCGAUGUAUUUACCCAUCGGUUGUGUACGCAAAAGUGAUAUCGAGUAGCUGGAAAUAUACGGAGCUAGUUGGUGUUUGUAAAUAUAAUCAUGGCUGAUAUAGAAACGUUUGACGAUAUAGUGGUACCCACUACCGCGGCCUUACCGGUAACGCUAUCCGCAGAGUUACCAGAAAUUAAAUUGUUCGGUCGUUGGAAUUGCGACGAUGUGCAAGUAAACGAUAUGUCCUUGCAAGAUUACAUUGCCGUUAAGGAGAAAAAUGCUAAGUAUCUUCCACAUUCUGCCGGACGUUAUGCCGCGAAGCGGUUUCGUAAAGCUCAGUGCCCUAUCGUAGAACGUCUUACGAAUUCGCUAAUGAUGCACGGGAGAAAUAACGGCAAAAAAUUAAUGGCAGUCAGGAUCGUGAAGCAUGCGUUUGAAAUAAUCCACCUUCUCACGGGAGACAAUCCCUUACAGGUGCUCGUGACGGCCAUCAUCAAUUCAGGACCAAGAGAAGAUUCUACUCGUAUCGGUCGCGCUGGCACGGUCAGAAGACAAGCAGUAGACGUAUCUCCGUUACGACGCGUUAAUCAGGCGAUCUGGUUAUUAUGUACUGGUGCUAGGGAAGCCGCAUUCCGUAACAUUAAGACAAUUGCCGAAUGCCUAGCCGACGAACUUAUCAAUGCCGCGAAAGGUUCAUCAAAUUCGUAUGCGAUCAAAAAGAAGGACGAACUCGAGCGUGUCGCUAAAUCUAACCGAUAAACAUGUUCUUUUGACAACAUACAAAUAAAUACUUUAUCUUUAAAA